CCGACCUUUCGUCUCCGAGUCGCGUCCCGCUCGCCACGGUUGCGUCAAGUGCGGUCCCGAUUGUUGCUUCUCGGCGUGACGUGAGUCGCACGUGACGCAUGCCGACGUGACGGGUUCACUCACGUUCCCGUUCAGGUGGGCGCAAGGCUGGUUGCCGGAGAGCCGGGCGCGGAGCGGAGGCUGCGCUGGACCAAUGAGCGAGACAGACACCGAAGAUGAGUCCGUUCCUGAAGGUGAUGCAACUGUUCCUGAUGAUGUCGGCCACGGUGCUCGGCAUGCUCGUGCUCCUCCUCUUCAUCCCUGACUUGGAGGAGUCCAUCCUCGAGGCCAUGCACCGCUACCAGUUCACCAACCCCCGUCCCCCGCCGCCGCCCUCACCCUCCCACCAUCAGGAACACGCCUCCAUCUCCAAGAACGCUAACACGCCGGAGGAUGGAAGGUCAGAAUUUCUAUCAGGAUCAAAGAUGGGUUACCUGAUGGCGGUCGAGAUCGACCGGAAGAAGAAGAAGUUCACACCGUGGCCGAGCUCGGAGGAGUGUCGCCAGUACUACAUCCAGUUCGCGAGGCAGAAGAGUCUCCCGAUGACGGCCCUCGUCUCUUUCCCCGGAAGUGGGAACACGUGGGUCCGCUACUUGAUAGAGACCACCACCGGGAUAUUUACCGGCAGCGUCUACGCCGACAAACUCAUCUUCAGCAAAGGGUUUUUUGGUGAGCGGGAGUCCCCAGAUUGCGGGUGUACAUCCGUGCAAAAAACACAUGGUUUCGCAUUGGCUGGUGCAGUGCCUAAAUUGCCCACGGAGAAAACGGCCGAGGUCAGUCUCUUCAAUGGCCGCGCCAUCCUUCUUCUCCGGAAUCCCUAUGAAGCGCUCCUCUCUUACAGGAAUUAUCUCUAUGGUGGACACACUGGCUUUGCCCCCAACAACAAAUUCAGAGGAAGAGACUGGGAACAUUUUGUAUCACGGUUGACAAUAGUGUGGCGAGAACUAGCGGCAACUUGGAUUAAUCACACAGAAAAUGAUGCUAUUAUUCUCCACUUUGAGCACCUUAAAGUUGACCCGACCAAACAUGUGCGGAAAAUAUUGGAAUUUUUGAAGAUUGCAAUUCACGAGCACCGGUUAUCCUGUGUUCUGAGACAUAGAGACGGGCCUUUCAGGCGACCUCGCUCUGCUCAGGAAACCUUUUUCAAAUCAAGGGACCCCUUCUCUCGGAAGCACCAUCAAUUACUGGAUACUGUCAUCGAAGAGGUGAAUGAAAUGCUAAAGGAGAGGGGCUGGAAUGAGAUGCCAUUCCAUCUGUACAAAUACUACAAAGGCACCUCAAAAAAGCCUGAUGAUACAUGAUGACCUGAUUAGCUGAGUUAUUGGAAAAUUAAUUGCAGCACCCUGCACUGCAAGAUCAAUGGUUUUAGGAGCAAGCAGAUUGAAUUCAAUCUUUCAAUAAACAUGAUAUACCAAAUGAUAAAAUAAAAUUGGAGAUUUUGUUCAAACUAU